AUGAUUCUUUCUCUAUUUCUAUCUCAUUCCUUCUCUCUUUCUAUCACAUUCCCUCUUUCUUUCUAUCUGAUUUCCUCUCUCUUUCCACCUCAUAGUCUCUCUCUUUCUUUAUCAUUCCCUCUCUCUUUCCACCUCAUAGUCUCUCUCUUUCUUUAUCAUUCCCUCUCUUUUUCCAUAGCCUCUCUCUUUCUAUAUCAUUCUGUCUCUAUUUCUAUCUCAUUCCUUCUCUUUUCUAUUACAUUCCCUCUUUCUUUCUAUCUGAUUUCCUCUCUCUUUCCACCUAAUAGUCUCUCUCUUUCUUUAUCAUUCCCUCUCUCUUUCCCCCUCAUAGCCUCUCUCUUUCUAUAUCAUUCUUCUCUCUCUUUCUUUAUCAUUCCCUCUCUUUCCACCUCAUUAUCUCUCUUUCUUUAUCAUUCCCUCUCUCUUUCCCCUCAUUCUCUCUUUCUAUAUCAUUCUGUCUCUAUUUCUAUCUCAUUCCCUUCUUUCUCAUCACAUUCCUCUUUCUUUCUUCUGAUUUCCUCUCUCUUUCCACCUCAUAGUCUCUCUCUUUCUUUAUCAUUCCCUCUCUCUUUCCACCUUAUACCUCUCUCUUUCUAUAUCAUUCCCUCUCUAUUUCUAUCUCAUUCCUUCUCUCUUUCUAUAUCAUUCCCUCUCUCUUUCUAUUUGAUUCCCUCUCUCUCUUUCCACCUCAUAGCCUCUCUCUUUCUAUAUCAUUCCUUCUCUAUUUCUAUCUCAUUCCUUCUCUCUUUCUAUCACAUUCCCUCUUUCUCUUUCUGUCUGAUUCCCUUUCUCUUUCUAUCUCAUUUACUCUCUCUCUCUUUCUAUCUCAGUCCCCCUCUCUCUCUUUUUCUAUGCCAUUCCGUCUCUUUCUCUUACUAUCCCAUACACUCUCUCUUUCUCUCCAAUAAAUGUGUUUCUUCUUCCUUAUUAUUACUGUCGUUAUUUGUUUAUGCUUCUCAUGACCCCUUUCUUGCCAUCCUCUUUAAGCAGAUGUCCAAGGCUUAUGCGAAAUCAUCUCCGCUUCCCCGGCCUAUCACUUGGGUCUUUUCUUCUUGCCUCAGACCUCUCCUCGUCCUCUCUCCUUCUUGGCUCCCCGAACUAUCUCAAGUUGGCGAUUUAUUGAGCCAAAUCCUACUUCAACCCGACUAA